GGCUGACCUGUCCAGAAGCACGCGUCUUUCUUGUCACACAGCUCGCGAUGCCCCGUCGAGGUCAUGCGGCGCGUUGCUUUCGCUCGUGACGACCUCCCCGCUGCGUCUUGGCGGGCCGCUCAGGAUGGCUCAGCAGCCGACGGCGGAGGCCGCGGAGGAGCACGAGCUCGAUGCGCUCCACGAAACACACACCAUGCCACCCGACGAUGGGGCAGAGGUCGCCGCGCACGAUGAGCAACUGCAACGGCGGACGCUGCGCAAGCUUGACUUCUUGCUUCUGCCGUUUCUUGCGCUGCUGUUCCUGUUCAACAGCCUCGACAAGUCCAACAUAGGCAACGCCGAGUCUGCGCACUUCACCACCGACAUAGGCCUUCGCCGGUCUGACCUCAACACUGCCGUAGCGCUUUUCUUCGCCUUCUUCGUUGCGCUGCAGCCCGCCGGAGCGGCCCUGGGGAGGAAGUAUGGCAUGGUCGCAUGGGUGCCCACUUGCAUGCUGCUCUGGGGCGUCUCUACCGCCCUGCAUACGUGGGUGAGGGCGCGGUGGCAGCUGUAUGUGCUGAGGAUCAUCAUUGGAUGCUUGGAGGCCGGCUUUUACCCCGUCACCGUCUCCUACCUCUCGCUCUUCUACACACGCUUCGAGUUCGGACGGCGACUGUCCCUUUUUUAUGGCCAGGCUGCCGUCGGCGGUGCGCUGGGCGGCGUCAUAAGCUACCUUGUCUUCUCGCACUUCCCGGACAUCCACCAUGAGCAUGGUGCGGAAGGUGACCCUGAGCUGAACCAUCGAUGGCAGAGCUGGCAGGUCCUGUUCCUGCUGGAAGGCAGCCUGACCAUCAUCGUCGCCGUCGUUGGGUACCUGUGGCUCCCGCACAACGCCGAAACAGCAUGGUUCUUGACACCUGAAGAGAGGGCAUAUGCCUCAUCCCGCGUCAUCCGCGACCGAAUCGCGCAAUCCGACUCAUCAGCCCUGCCCACCGAAGCUGCAGAUGAGGAAAGGGAGUUUGAUGAAGAAUCCCGCGGCCUCCUGGCUUCGUCGAGACCACGCCCAGUAUCUGCAGCGGACCAAGUGACCGAUGACCGCGGUCUCACCCCGCACGACGUCGUGUCCGCUUUCCUCAACAUCAGGAUCUGGCACAUUCUCGCCAUUAACAUUCUAGCCGCAAUCCCCGUCUACGCAUUCCAGGUAUUCCUUCCCCUUGUCCUGGCUCCGCUUAUGCCCAAUUCCGAUCCUUCCGACCCCGAGGCGGACCCAGCCCUAGUGAACUUGCUUACCGCCCCACCCUACAUUUUCGGCGCCAUAACCCUCUAUCUGUUUGCGUCCUGGAGCGACAAGCAUCGCUCACGCAUUCUUCCCAUCCUUUGCGGCCUAGCCAUCAUGGUGCUUGGCCUCAUCUUAGUAGUCAUGCUGCCAACCACCGCUGGCUGGGCCGUCCCUCGAUACAUCGCGCUCAACGUCCUCCUGUCUGGUACCUUCAUUGCGAGUCCACUCACAGUGGCCUGGAUCUCAGGGAACACACCAAGCCCAGGGAAACGGGCGCUGUUGUUAGGCAUCAACGGAUGGGGCAAUCUCGCGGGCGUGUUAUCUGCCAUGCUUUUUAGACCCGAGUAUGAAGAGUCUGGGUACAUUGUCCCCUUCUGGUGGACCCUCGGUUGCGUUACUGCGGCCGCGUUUGGUUACGUCCUUCUCUGGCGCAACCUCAAGGCCGAGAAUGCGCAGAGAAGAGACAUGUUGAGCAAAUGGGAUGAGGAAGAAAUUGAAAGAGAAAAGGCGGAUGGGCGUGGACCUCUGGAGCAGAGCCACCGUAUUCCGAAGGCUGCAACUCGGUGGCUGAGGAGCACUGGCAGGUUGCUGUGGGCGGCGGAUUGGCUUGAGGAAGCGACGCAAGGUGGUAGAGAGGGCGAGGAGAAGAUUACUUUCCUGUAUGGCCUGUAAUACAGCUACGCACUGCACAGAACUCAUACGAAGAACAUCUGACCAUGCUUCGGGC